CCUAUUACCCAUGUAUAACAUAAAUGGUUAUCCUUUUUUUUUCUUUGAAGAUAAACUAUACGUAUAGGCUACUAGAAAGGGAAAAAAUGUUGUUUUCACCAUAAACUUCCGUGGCUGUUGGUUGCCACAGUGAUAUAGACUUGAAAGCGCCCAUCUUUUCAUGUCUAUUGACAUUGAUAGUUGAUAUAUCACUUGGGCUGUUCAUGUCCUCUUUUGACCCCCUAUUUCUCUCCUCUGCUUGCUUCAUCAUUGUCAAGCACUGUGUUGAAGUAGAACUAACGCUAAACCAAAGCAAAAGACCCCUUAAAAGAGAGAAGAAAAAAAAAACCACCUCACACAAAACAAUGGGGUCUCUUGGAGCUGAAACUGCAAAGAAGAAAGCAAUGUGGCUCUAUCCUAAAGUUUCAGGUUUUAGUCCUUCUGAGAGAUGGGGGCACUCUGCCUGCUAUUCUAAUGGGGUUGUUUAUGUUUUUGGGGGUUGUUGCGGAGGUCUACAUUUCAGUGAUGUUCUUAUGCUAAAUCUCAACACAAUGGUUUGGAACACUCUGGAAACCACAGGGCAGGGUCCUGGCCCUAGAGAUAGCCACAGUGCUGUUCUUGUAGGGACUAAAAUGAUGGUAUUUGGGGGCACCAAUGGUUCUAAGAAGGUUAAUGAUCUUCAUGUAUUAGACCUUGCAUCAAAAGAGUGGAUGCGAGCUGAAUGCUAUGGUGUUGCACCUUCUCCUCGUGAAAGUCAUACUGCCACACUUAUCAGCGAAGAUAAGGUAGUGAUUUUUGGAGGAAGUGGUGAAGGUGAAGCAAAUUACUUGAAUGAUUUGCAUGUUCUGGACCUUAGGACUAUGAGAUGGAGUUCACCUCAGGUGAGAGGUCAUAUCCCUGUCCCUAGGGACAGUCACAGUGCUGUUGCAAUAGGGAACAAGCUCGUUGUGUAUGGUGGGGACUGUGGUGAUCGAUAUCAUGGAGAUGUUGACAUGUUUGACAUGGACACUUCAACUUGGUCAAGGUUGGCUGUUCAAGGCUCUUUACCCGGUGUUAGAGCAGGUCAUGCUGCAGUGAAUAUUGGAACAAAGGUUUUCAUUAUUGGAGGAGUGGGAGAUAAACAUUACUACAAUGAUGUUUGGGUCCUAGACGUGAAUGCUUGUUGUUGGGCUCAACUAGAUUUAUGCGGCCAGCAGCCUCAAGGGCGGUUUUCUCAUACUGCUGUUUUCACAGAAUCAGAUAUUGCUAUCUACGGAGGGUGUGGGGAGGACGAGCGGCCAAUCAAUGAGUUACUGGUUUUACAACUUGGAACACAGCAUCCUAAUGGUCGAUAUAACAUUUCCAUGUGCAAAACUUUUGGAAGCCAUUGGAACCAAGAAAAAAGAAGAUUCUUAAGAUUAGCACCAAAUGACUUGCAGAAAACUAUCUAUUUUGGGGAUAUUGAAGUAGCAAAGCAGGGAGCUCAUGAACCAGAACAAGAAGCAAAGCACUCUUCUCGAUUCAGUUCAGAUACUUCAAAUCCAAAGAGGAGAAGAACUGCCAAUUCAAAGGCAUGGGAGGUUGAAUCAGAGCAAGAAGAACAUUCCCUUUCACUCUCGCAGCAUUCAUCUCCUUCACAAUCUGAUCAAGAACAAGCCCCAGCACAAAAGCCCACAGGCUCCACAGGGUCUCAAGGACUUAACCUGUUUAAGCAGUUCCAUCAUAUUCCAAGCAAUUCUCAGCCUAAAAAUUUUCCAAAUAACCAUAAGGAGAUCAGAUAUAUGGUCCAAAAAACUCAACAAGAUCUGCAGUUUAUAAGAGAACAUCAAAACCUUCAAAAACCAGAACAAUAUCGUCAUGUUGUUCAUACUGGCAAACAAGGAACGCAAUACCCAUCUGUGGAACAGAAACACUUGGAGGCAGGGCCUAUUUACAACCUGCUUGGUGCCGAAGUUCGUGGUAAAGUUGAUGGAGCCUUCGACGCAGGUUUCCUGAUGACAGCAACUGUUAAUGGGAAGAUAUUCAGAGGGGUCUUAUUUGCACCUGGGACGGGAGUAAUCUCGAGAGGGCCAAUGCUUGCUCAAAGUCCUGCAUUAACAAGCCAGGUUGCUGCUGCUCAGCCAUUUCUCAGCUCAAGUAAUUCAGAAUCCUUGAAGGCCUCUCAGCCACCAACAAUGCGUAUUCCGCUAGAAUCCAGUCACAGCACUCGACAAGCUCAAGUAAAUGGACAUAUGGUCACUAGAGCUACUUCAUCUGCAGCAAAAGAUCCAAAGCUAAGAAGUGAUCUUCGAGAUGUGGUUCUAACACUAGGAGGACCUGGAACUGGCCAUGUCUGACGUUUUACUGAAAUAUAAAAACCUGCUUGUUGGCAUCAAAUUAUAACCCUUAUUUUGAUAAAAAUAUAUAUGGUAGCCCUUCUUACUCUUUGCUUUAUCAUGUAAAUGUUGAUAUAUGUAUUUUUUUUUCCUUUUUUCUUUUCCCUCUUAAAAGAUGGUUAUUGUAUAUCAGGCUUUUAUGAUUAAGCUGAUUGUGUUUGAGCAUCAGUUUGUUUUGUUCACCUUUUUCCAUUUAGCCUUGGCCUAAAUGGUCAUAUGAAA